GGAACAGCAGCCAAUCAGCUGAAGUUGACAGGUGAGUCCACACCUUUGGAUUUCAGCUUGAAGACUUUCCCGGCUUUUCUUCAGCUUCUCUUCGUAGACAUGGAAGCCGUCUCCUCUACCUUAAAGCAUUCCUACACGCUGGGCCAACAAUGUCCAAACAAGGGGCUUGGAGCCAAGCAGUCCCACGGGUCCCCCCCAGAACCGGGUCGACCCGAGGAGCAGCAGCAGCAGCACCACAAACCCUUCUUCUAUGUGCAGUCGUCGCAGCCGUGCUUCCCCAUGCAGACUCUGCAGUGGCCUCUGCCCUACAACCCCUACUACACCUACCCCGGCCUGGGGUUUGGAUUGCCAGUGAUGCCCCACUAUCAGAUCAACCCCUACAUGGAGCCCCCAGGCUUCAUCGUGCCCCACACCCAGCUGCACCUGAUGGACUACAGGCGCAUGCUCAGCCCUCAGUACUACCAGACCAUGGCCUUCCACGCCCGCCGCUUCCGCUGCCAGCCGGCCUCUGCGUUCAGAGAGACCACCAGCUCGGAGGUGCAGACCGAGCCGCUCCAGAGGACCCCCGCCCAGACGGGUCCAUCUGACGCGAAACCUCGCUCCUCUGAGCGGAGCGACUGUCCUGCUGUGCUGCAGCAUGCAGCGUCCAAAUGCAGCUUGGUCACUCAGACGGAGGAGAGCGGAGGUCGCUCCACGCCUCCCAGACCGCCGCUGGGGCGUGAGCAACAGACCUCGCCCCCUCAUGGUAAAAGACCUCGCCUUCCUGCAGAGAAACCAGACAUCCUGUUGGUGGGGACGUCAGGCGAGGGCGCCACGGGUUCAGAGGAGCUGCAGACGUCAGCUGCUGAAAACCUGAACUCCAAGGAAGCCGAGGAGACUCCAGGAAGUGCGACUCCAAACUUCCAUCUGCCGUUUGAGCCCAAGUACCUGGACGAGCUGAAGAAGAUGGAGUCCAUCGUCUGGUCCGCUGGGGACACUUCGGUUUCCUCUCUGGAACCUCUGGUCCAGAACGGCUCUGAAAGCAUGGCGGUACUGGAGGAGUCUUUGAGGCCGGCUGGAGAGGAGAUGCUGCCGGAAGCGGACCUCUGCUUCGUGAUGGAGGACCUCGCCUCAGAAGACUCUCAGAAGUCUGCGACGGCUCCAGCAGAGACGGCCCUCUUCUCUGCUUUGCUGCUGGAGAGCUCGCCUCUGCAGAAGGUUCCCCCCAGAGGAGAAUUGGACCUCCAGGACCAUCAGGACACCUCCUUUGAGUCUCUGCCCGCCUACCUCCCUUCCAGCAGCUGGCUGUCCGACUUUGAGAACAUCUACUACAGCAGCAAACUCCUACCCGCCUCCCGGAAGCAGAGCAGACCUCUGAGUGGUCGAGGUUUCGGCAGAAGACGAAAGGUGGACCUGGAGUUCAAAGAACCUCCAAAACAGAAGUUCAAACUCCAGGAGAAGGCGGAUCGGCGCAGCCUCUCCGACCACGAGUGCUGCCUCAGCAGGAAGUUCACCGAGAACGUGUUCAGCCCUCACCUGUCCAAGGCGGAGCGCCUCUGCUCCAGGUGUUUAUCCAAACGCAGGAUCUGCUCGUCCUCCAGUCCCACUCGGGACGGCGUGAGGGGCCUGAAGCGGAAAGCCGCUCCCUUCCAGCAGUGGAACGACGUCCUCUUACCCACGUGUGACGCCUGCUCGUCCCACGCCAAGAUCCGGCUGAGGAAGGCCUCUGACCCCGACCUCCACUCCACGGAGGGGGAAUCCGAUGGGAACAGCUCCUGCCCCGCUCGGAUGAAGUGGAGGUCCGCCGGCGUCAAGAGGCCCCUGGCGUCCAAACAAAACGUCUGUGCCGCCGCUCAUCCAAAGCUGAGGGAACGGUGCGCGUGCGCGGAGCUGCUGCACCCUCCGCUGAAGGCCUGGGAGAGGCUGCAUUCCCGUAACCAUGGCAACAACAUCCCAGAGACAGACGAGAACUGCUUCGCUUCAGAAACCCUGCAGUGCACGCCAAGGGGCGGGGACUCGCCCUGUCAGGGAUGGCAAGCAGCAGAGCGGUCUUGGAGGGACGCCGUCCCCGCCACGGACCGCCACAGAUCACAACACGCCAACAAGCACAAGAUGUCACAGCCACCAGGAAACCACACAAAAGACACUCGAUGCUGAUGUGCACACGAGCACGCUUCCACAAACUAACUUUUAAACGUGCACGUCAUCUACCUGCUGUCCUUUCACUCACCUGUGUGUCAUAAACCACAAUGUUCACGUUUGGAUUUUAAAUAAACACAACUUUGAUAGUUUUGCAAA